CUGUGGACUACGCUUCCAGGAGUUAAAGGUUUCCAGCUUGUGGGGAUGGAGCCUCUCAGCUUUGAAGUUCUGAAGAAAGAGGCCUCCCCUCACAGCUAUUUCCUUCAGGUUUGUACAUAUUUGAAGAAGUGGUUUUACGGUACACAAGCUGCGCGGAUCCCCUGAGAAGCCACCUGCAGUUUCACACCCUGAGCUCUGGAAACAGAAGGCUCCGCACAGACAGGGAGGUCUUACAGCCUUGACAGCUAUGAGUGUGCAUCAGCCAAGCACCUGGGCCAGCAGAAGCAGACUACAGUUGCUUGCUCUGAUUCUUACAGUGGCAUCCAAUGCUGUGAUUAGCCUGAGUGCAUCAGAGAUUACAUGCCUUUUGAUCAAGCAAAACAGUACAUCAAGAUUGUCAGAACCUUCACCUUCACAUGAGACCCAAGAUAAGGUUGAAGACCUUGGGUGUUUCCUGUAUUCUCAAAGCACCAAGAAUAUCUAUGAAACAGCAGAAGAAGUAGUAGUUGGUGUUCUUGAAAAUGUUGAAAUAAAAGCAAUAGUAAAUAUUUCAGAGAACAUCACCUGCCUUUGGUUUUUUGAAGAGACCCAGACUGAAUGCAAUUCCUCUCUGGAUUCGGAGAACCGGCAUGUAGUUUCAAAGGAGUUUCCAAAAAUUAGAGAGACGCAGGCUGGAAAUCACACACUGUCCAUUAAAACUGAAACUAAUAACUACACGGUGACCUUCACAUUCUGCAUAAGAAGAAGUCCAAGAAAGCCACAUUUUAUACUAAACCAGCAGUCAAAAAAUGCUGUAGUAAGCUGCAUAUCAGAAGGAUAUCCUAAACCAGAAUUUGAAUGGCUCUCUUGCAAGAUCCCUAAUGAAAGCUGCAGAAAAUCUGAUGCCCCCAAAAAUGAAGACAUGGAUGGAAUGCACAAGGCCCAACUCAGAUUAAAAAAAGAUGGAUUACUAUUUCAGCCACAUGUAUGGUGCUGUGCAUUUAACGAGCUGGGCAAAGUCUGCACUGAACUCUAUACAAUCGAUCUAAGUGCACAGGAAAGCCCUAUGCAGGAAUUAUUUCUUAAAAUUGGAGAUCCACUGUUCUUAAGAUGUAGAGCUAGUUAUGGCCAUUUAAACUUUGGAAUGAAAUGGUAUCCUGAAAGCAAGCAAUUAGAUCAGGGCAUGCCACUCGAAGGAAGACAGACUCUGGGCUCAUACAGGAUUAAGACUCAGUUUGCAUAUGUUUCAUCAGUGGAACAACAGGGACAUGGACAUUAUAACUGCUCAUCUAUAGCACUUGCUACAAGUAAGAUUGCUUUGGUUACAGUGUUAGAUAAGGGGUUUAUCAAUUUCACCAAUCCAAAGGAAGAUUUUGAAGUUGGUAUGGAGGAGAACCUUUGCCUUGAAGUUAAGCUGAAAGCAUAUCCAUCAAUUAGAUGUAUAUGGAUGUUUUCCCAAAUGUUAUUUCCUUGUAAGCAGAAUUCCACAGAUGGUUACAGCAUCUCUUCAAAAUUCUGUGACCAUAAGCACCAACCAGGGGAAUAUGUGUUCUAUGCAGAAAACGAUGAUUUGUAUGUGAAGAGAACAUUGAAACUCUAUGUGAAGAGGGGCCCUGAUGUAAAAAUGUAUGUGACACCAAGUCAUAUUUCUUGCAUCGCGGAGAGCAAUCCUGCAUCAUCUUGGGUCUGGAGGAAGUGUUCUGAAAAGCAAUUAAAUUGUACAGAAAUCACAGACGGGAUUUCAAAUGACAUGCGUGAAGGAAAGACUUUUGGUUUCUGGAGUGUAAACAGCACUUUAAACACAACAGAAACACAAAAUGGAUUUUUUGUUGAGUGCUGUGCAAACAAUUCAUUGGGCUUAGCCUGUAAAAGACAAAGAAAAGAAGUAAUUGUAUAUCUCCCACCAAAUAACGUUGCAUUAUAUGGAACUACUGGAUUCUGUUUUCCAAUAAUUGCUGUGUUGUGCAUCUUAAUUUGCCAAAACUACAAAAAGCAAUUUAAGUAUGAGAGUCAGCUUCAAAUGAUACAGAUGGUUGGCCCUUGUGAUAAUGAAUACAUCUAUGUUGAUUUCAAUGAAGUUGAGUAUGAACUCAAGUGGGAGUUUCCCAGAGAAAAUCUGGAAUUUGGGCAAGUACUUGGCUCUGGUGCCUUUGGGAAGGUGGUGAAUGCUACUGCAUAUGGAAUUAGUGAAACGGGAGUGUCCAUCCAGGUUGCAGUCAAAAUGCUAAAAGAAAAAUAUAGCUCUUCCGAAAAAGAUGCUCUAAUGUCAGAACUCAAAAUGAUGACUCACAUUGGAAGCCAUGAAAACAUUGUGAAUCUACUUGGAGCUUGUACCAUAUCAGGACCAAUAUACUUGAUUUUUGAAUACUGUUGCUAUGGAGACCUUUUGAACUACUUACGAAGCAAAAGAGACAGAUUUCACAAGACCUGGACUGACGUCUUCCGACAGCACAAUUUCACUUUUUACCACAAUUUCCCAGCACAUACAAAGUCAAGAAAUGGAAAUAUACUAAAAAAUGGAUCACAUAUCCCACUGGAUGACUUUGGAAACAUGGCUGCAAAACAAGACUUAGUUUUGGCCUCUAAAUUGUACAGAAUUGCCCUGCUUGCUGAGGAAGAAGAAAUGAAAUAUGUGAACUGGAGAAUCGAUGAUGAAGAGGACCUCAAUGUGCUGACUUUUGAAGACCUUCUCUCCUUCUCAUAUCAAGUUGCCAAAGGAAUGGAGUUUCUGGAAUCAAAAUCAGUGCGCUUACCUGUCAAAUGGAUGUCUCCGGAAAGCUUAUUUGAAGGGAUCUAUACAAUUAAGAGUGAUGUCUGGUCUUUUGGAAUCUUACUGUGGGAAAUUUUCUCUCUUGGUGUCAAUCCUUACCCUGGAAUCCAAGUUGAUGCAAACUUCUACAAGCUUAUUCAAAGUGGAUUUAAAAUGGACUGUCCAUUUUAUGCUACGGAAGAAAUAUAUUUAGUACUGUGUUCCUGCUGGGCUCUGGACUCCAGAAAAAGACCAUCCUUUUCGCAGCUGCUUUCCCUUCUGGCAUGCCAGCUGGCUGAGGCAGAAGGAGCAGCAUGUCAAACUGGGAAGAGUUUGAUCUCAGAACACGUUUCCAGUCCAAAGCACAGUUCACAUGGGAUAAGAGAAGCUGAACCACUUCACCAUUCCAACUCUGGAUGCAGAUACUGAAAGGGAGAAAUAAGACCAAUUGGUUAUUUUAUAUGAAAAGGCAUAUAAGCUGAAAAUCGAAAGAGGAGAGGUUUUUUUGCCUCCCAUAAAAGGGAUCAGAUUUGCUGCUACUGCCACUGAAUUUCUCAUGCUCAUUUCCAUGAUCCUUUUGCUUUUGAAAUGAAACUUGCCAGAAGUCUCCCUUUUCAGGAUUCUGAGGGCACACAUUUCACAAGUGUCAUUUUCAACCUGUGUUUUGCUGGUGUAUCUGCAACCUCCAGGUGGUAGUGUUAGGAAAGGAAACUUCCUUUCAAAAGGGUCACUGGUAAUUAAACAUUCCAGUUACUGUUUGCAUGUAAAGCAGACACAAAGCAUUAAAAUUAAUUGUAACCAAAGCAUCCAGACAUAAUGGCAUUGUCUUAAUAGUUGCUGUGCUGAUAAUUCAGAAAUGCUUUGAUUGAGACAUCCAGACCACUGCACCAGCAGCACAUUGCUAGCAGUCAUGUUACACCAGCAUUGUUGUAGACAGAUGCAUUGGUGUAUGCCAGGGGUUGCCAACAUUUUCAGGCCCAGGGGCGCAUUUGGAUUUUUCAGUGAGUGCCAUGGGCCACACCCACUCUGGUCCCUUCUCUCCCUUCUUCCCAGGAUCAUCCCCAGCAUCAUCCCCACUGCAUACUAGGGAUGGGGGGAGAAAUUCAAUUCAGCAAAUUAAAGGCAACUUUGCCUAAUUUGCACUUUCCAAAACAAUAUAUAAACUGAAACACAAUCCUUCAAAAUUUGCAUUUCUGUGAAUUUUGCAGUGCAGUACUCCAGCCAAGUAAUGUCUACAAAAAUGCAUAUACUAGGGUAAAGCGUACAUUAAAAUGUGUACAUAAAUUAAAAUAGCAUACAAAAAUGCAUUAUAUAAGGGGAAAUUGCUUUACAAAAAUGUGUAUAUUAGGCAAAAGUACAUAAAAGAUGUGUACAUUAGGAGAAAUUCAUAUUACAAUGCUGCUGAAUUAUGAGGACUUUUUUUUUAAAAAAAAAAGAGAAGUAAACUGAUGUAGAAAUGUGGAGAACUGAAAAAUGAGAAAGGGAAAGAAACCAAAAUUGACUUAUUUGACCAUCCCACCCCAGACACACAGAAAGAGAAAGCGUGCACCCACACACUGCGCUUUCCCAAGUCAUCUGGGUAAGUAAAAGUCAAAUGCAGUAGAAUUCAUAUGAACCCUGAAAAGCACAUAGAAUUGAAAGAGGAAGUAGGAAACUUCCUUCUUCAGCUCUAUGUCAGUUUUUCUCAAGGAAGAAAAAGGUAAUCGCCCUCACCAGCUAAUGACCAAGGGUGUGUGUGUGUGUGUGAGAGAGAGAGAGCGCUCAAAGGCUUCAUGACUGCCAGGGGAAGGCCACAAGAGCACCACUACGCCCACAGGCCUGGUGACCCCUGGUGACCCCUACUGUAUGUGUUUAGGGCAACAGUGGUGUUUGGUAAAUGAUAUGUGGAGCAGAUUACAGGCUACACACUGCUUUUAAACUAGUUCAUUGGCGAAGAUUAUUAUCAAGGAUGGUGUAUCGGGCUGCUGGAGUAAACAAAGUCCUUUUUAUCUUCCCAGUGAAGUGGAUAAAAUCCAGGACAGCAGUAUGUGGAAAGCAAUGCAAGAACUUGGCAAGUUAGACUAGGGAGGUUUGGUAGAAAUUGCUUGCUGCAGGCAACCAAAUCCUAAUUUGUUUCCCAAUAUUAGAUCUAAAAUCAUUUUGUUCCCCAAAAUUAUCAACAAUGUGAAUUUUGGACUUCCAAUAUCCUUUCAGUAUUAAAAUAUUUGCUGCUUAUUUGCUGCAUAUUUGACAUCGGUAUUAUUUGAUAUUUUAUAUUUGACUAUUGAUAUAUGACGAUAUUUGAUAGCUGACAUACAUCUGCAUUUAGUGUUUGAUAACAUUUCAUAGUUGACAUGGGACCGUAUUUAACAUGUGGCAUUGAGCAGUUUUAUGAAAAUGGAAAUGGACUGCCUUCAAGUCGAUUCUGACUUAUGGUGACCCUAUGAAUAGGGUUUUCAUGGUAAGCGGUAUUCAGAGGGGGUUUACCAUUGCCUUCCUCUGAGGCUGAGAGGCAAUGCCUGGCCCAGGGACACCCAGUGAGCUUCAUGGCUAUGUGGGGAUUUGAACCCUGGUCUCCCAGGAUGUAGUCCAACACUCUAACCACUAUGCCACACUGGCUCUUGGAGCAGUUUUAUAGCAUUUCAUAAUUGAUGACUGCCAAAAUCAAAACAAUCACAAAAUGCCAACAAGUCUAAAGCACUCAAAUUUUAGAUUUUAUUUUUUAGGGGAAAUGUCACACUUGGAUUUCAAAUUUAACAUUUUAGUAAAUUUUAAGUGUGGGUGAAUUUUAAUUUCAUUUGUACUCAUGAUCAUUAUUGGGGCUGGAAUGCAAAAUUAUGAAUGUAAUGCUUCUUUUUACCCUCUAGAUGAUAUAAUGUCAAGGUUGCUGCUGGAUAGCUUGGCAAGUCUACCAAUGUUUUUCACACCACUGGAACACAGCAUACAUACUGGUCUCAGUAUCUCCAGUGGCUGAGUGAUAAACUACAUGCUACAUCAACCAUGUCAUUUGUGCCAGAGUGCAUGAUUUUUCUUGCAGAAAUAGCCAGCUCAGGGGCCUGGUUGGGAUGCUAACAUGAGGAUACUAGGGCUUUAGCGUUUUGCCCCUCACUGUGAUCUGGAUUCAGCCUGCCAAAAAGAAAAAAGGAAUCCUCCCCCAAGUCCCCCUACAUCCCAUGUUAUGGUCCCAGUCCAGAUUGGGGCCACCACACUGGCUAUUUGGAUAAGAAAAAAUCUGUCUCAAGGGCAAAUAACAUGAUAGUUUUGCUCCUGGUUCACCUGGUUGCUACAAUUUCCUAUACAGAGUGCAAAUUAGCAUCCUCAUCUUCAUAGGAUGCUGCAAGAAUACAAACAGUUCUUUGCAAGUGUUUGAGUAGAGGCUUCCCCUGUAACGCCUUUGUUGAUGCGCUUCACCUUAUUAACAUCACUGGCUGUUUGAGUUUCAUGUGAUCAAGAUGAUAGGACUGCUUUCUUCAUAUAUUUUGUGUGACUUGGCAUUAUGCCAUGGAGAGAGAAAAAAGUUUAAUUCUCAUCAGGGUUGCUUAUACCCAAAUGACAUGGGCACAGCAAUUAUACCAUAUUGGGGAGGGGAGAGUCCAUGAUGGAGGAGCUGCCAUAUCCAAGCCAAAAUUGUGCCAGCCAUGGCAGAAGAUGGGUAGAGGGCAGAUCUCCCCUGGAUAAUUCCAAUAAACUCCCAUUGGUUCUCAUUGGAGGGAAAUUCUCUAAGCCAGAAUUAGAGCAUGGUUUUGUUGCCACUAUGGGGGCAUACCAGGGAAAUAAGGAGACUUUGGAUCCUGUGGAUCAAAGCCCUCCCUUGCUCUUCCUCCAUCAUGCCUCUUUUCCCUCUUUUGUGCCAUCAAAGUACUGACAGAGAAGGGAUAGCUGCAGAAGUUUCCAUGGAGGGCAUCUCAGGGCAGGCCUCCCUCUCUGCCUGUGGACCUCUUUUUGCCCAUGGAGGGGAGAUCUGCUGUAUCCCAUGGCCUCCUGGGACAUUAAAGCCUUACAGCAGGGAUGGGGAACCUGUGGCCUUCCAUAUGCUGUUAGACUACAACUCCCAUCAGCUCCAACCAGCAUGCUAAUUGGCCUGGGAUGGUGGCAGUUGUAGUCCAACAUCUUCCCCAUCCUUGGUUUAAAGCCCUUUAGGUCUGUUCCAUCCUUACUUUAACUUAGUAAUCAUAUCAUGAUGCCUUUUAGGUUUUUUUGAUCUUAUAUAGCUCUGUAGUUAAAACUGCAAUUUUAACAUACAUUGCUGCUGCUUCAUGCUAACGCUGUCCUGACAACGAAUAAUUAUUAUUUUUCUAAUAUGCAUUUUUAUAUAU